AUGAUUAUACUUGGGCCUUCUCAGUCUGAGAGUUACAACAUGGGCAAGAAUAGAAAGCUAAAACUUUCUCAAGAAAGGUCUAUUGGUUCAGAAUCAUCUGAGGAAAGUAUAUUUGGACAAGGCUGUCCACAUGUAAAAAAGGCUGUGAAUUUUAUGGCUAUGAGAAAAGUUGUUUUGAAGGAGAAACUUGGUGACUGCAGAGAUUGUAUAAGAAAGGGUAAUGACAGCAACACCAAAGGUCAAAAACCUCCAGAUACAGAAACUUUGAUUGAUGGCUAUGAACCAACAUUAUGGAUUUGUCUUCAGUGUGGGCAUCAGGGCUGUGAUCGUAACUCUCAGGAUAAACAUGCACUUAAGCAUUAUGAAACCCCUCGCUCUUCAUCCCACUUAAUUGUGAUAAACACAACAUCAUGGUCAACAUGGUGUUACAAAUGUGAUGAUGAAAUUCCAAUUGAGAAACACAAGAAAAUUAUUGAAUGCCUUGAUUUCCUCAAGCAACAAGCAGGUGUUUCAAAACUAACUUUAGAUUCAGGUAAGAAAGAAGCUUCAUCACGGUUGAGUAAUGAUACUGCAUCAGAGAACAAAGGAGAAAAUAAAACUGCCAAAGGUAAAGCUGCUCUAUCAAAGAAUGCAAACAGUGUCAUGAAUGUUCGAAUAAAGGGACUCAGUAAUCUUGGGAAUACUUGCUUCUUUAAUGCUGUCUUGCAGAAUUUGAGUCAAACUCAUGGUCUAGAGAAUAUGUUAAAAGAUGGCAACAAAAAAGGUGCAUCACUUAGUCUUCCUGGUUGGCAACCAUUAGGAACAGACAGCUGCUCUGAAAUAUCUGAUGACAGUUCUGAUGAGGACCAUUCAGAAGAUAACACCCAAGCCAUGGCAAAACUCAGCUCCCUUGUUUGGCGGAUAUUUACAAAAGAGCGGAGAAAGGGUUUCAAAGCAGAGAUUGCAGCCAGCACUAGUGCUAACUGCAACACCAGAUAUCAGCCUCCAAUUGACAUUACCAUCCCUGAACCUGGCCCUCUUACUCGCUCCUUGCUGGCCUUCCUACAUGAAAUGACAACUUCUUCCAACCACAAUUCAACCAUCAACCCGUGCUCUCUAUUUGGCCAAGUUUGUAAAAAAGCUCCUCGAUUCAAGGGUUUUCAACAGCAAGACAGUCAUGAAUUACUUAGGUAUCUUUUAGAUGUGAUGCGAAAUGAGGAAAUCCGGCGAGCACGGACUGGUAUUUUACGACAUUUUAAAUUAUCAGAGAACACUAAUCCUAACAAAGUAGACAACAAAACCAAAACAAAAAUAAAAGAAUACGGCCGUCAAGCAAAGCAUACAUUCAUUGAUCGAUUAUUUGGAGGGCAUUUGAUCAGCACAGUUUCAUGUGAAGUAUGCCAACACAUGUCACAAAUCUUUGAGCCAUUCCUCGAUCUUUCUUUACCUGUCACUGAAGAAAAAGUGAAGCAUCCAGCAGCUGAACGCAAACAGAAACGUAUGGCCAAAAAAGUUGCUAAGUGGAAAGCUCGUCAGGAUGAAGAUGAAGAAGAAAUGGAGAAUGAAAAAGAAACACACAAAACUGAAGAGAUUCCAACAUGCAAUGAGAUUGUAGACACAUCAGAUGCUGAUAUAGAAGACAAUGUAGAGAAUGAAGUGACUCCAUCGAAUAAAAAGUCAAAUGAAACAAAUAUGAACCACCACAGUAUGAAAGAAGAAAAUAAGAAAGAAGUUGGUAAAACAGAUUCCACUCUACUCACUAAUGAUUCCAAGAUGCCCUCAAAAGUUGCCUCCCAGAACAGCCUGAAAAUGGACUCCAAUGGUAGUACGGAUGGACUCCACAAGGAACUUAACCAACUGACCAAUCGUUUUGAGUGCCUGCAAUUGACGGACAAAAAGACAGCCAGUAAUUCUGAGGAGGAUAGCAAGAGUUGCCCAACAGGUGACAAAAUACAGGACAGCAACAGAUCAGAACAGGACUGUCCCCAAAAGAAAUCUGAAGAACAAUCUGAAGAACAGUCUGGUUCUUUUGUUGCAGCUGAGACAAAUGGGAUUGCUCCAUUACUGCACAUGGCCUGUUCAAGUGAGGGUCUAGAAAAAGGAGCCAUUGAAGCUUCUGAGUCAGUUUCCAAAUGCAAUGAGACUGAUGGCAGCGAGCAGAGUGCCGAGAUUGUAACUGAACUCCCAGGAAAGGAGACAAAUGAUGCGAGUGAAGAGAUGCCCAUAAACAAUGGCUCUGCUUUUGCCAACCAUUCAGGAGAAGGACAAGGUCCAGUGAUGGCCAGCAAGUCAUCUUCGUCUUCGUCGAUUAGGGUUGCCCAAUUGUUGUCCAACUGUAGCCAUGGUCCACCACUGGCCCACCCUGAGGAGGAAGACAUCGAUGACGUGGACGAGAAGGAGUACAUCAACAUGAGUACCAUAAAGCGACAGGCUCAAGCCAAGUCCAUGUCAACCCUCUCCCCACGCUACCAGCCAUCUUCAAGAGAAUGUUCCAUUAUGUCAUGUCUCCACCAAUUCACGUCAGCAGAACUAUUGAUGGGUAAUAACAAAGUGCGCUGUAAAAACUGUACUCGUAGGAAAGCCAAAAAUUCUUCUAACAAUGCAGCAGCAGAAAAAGAGGUGGUAUACACUAAUGCCAGUAAACAAUUUCUGAUAUUCCGACCACCUGCCAUACUCACUCUUCAUCUCAAGAGAUUUGAACAGAUUGGUUUCAGUUCACGAAAAGUCAAUCGUCAUGUGGAUUUUCCUUUUGUUUUGGACAUUGCCCCUUUCUGUAGCGCCUUGAGUCAGUCUGUGAAGAAAGGCCAGAAGAAUGUGCUGUACUCUUUGUAUGGAAUUGUUGAGCACAACGGUCGCUUAUCAGGUGGCCAUUACACAGCCUAUGUCAAGGUGUGCAAAAACAACAUCAACAAGCCAAACAAUUUCCUUUCUGAAAGUCAACUUGAUCCCAAGGAAUAUAUUCUUAGGUACCGUACAUUACUGCUGUCAGGUAGCAGCAAUGAGAAAGUGGAACCCGAAGUUGAUGUAGAUAAUCUGGUACCCUCAGGCAAAUGGUACCACAUCAGUGACAGUCAUGUUCGAGAAGUUUCUGAAACGGCUGUGAAGAAUGCACAGGCCUACCUCCUUUUUUACGAGAGAAUCUAUUAA